GCGCGCAGCUGAUACCCGGGGACUGGGCUGCGGCGGUUAGUCCUCUCUCGGCCGCCGUCGCCUCCGACAUAUUGCCCGCAGGAGCUGCGGCGGCGAAGCGGAGAGCGCCGGGGGGAGGAGAUGGGAGGACGAAGAGGUCCCAACAGGACAUCCUACUGUCGAAAUCCACUCUGUGAGCCAGGAUCCUCUGGGGGCUCGGGUGGGGGCCACACUUCCAGCGCAUCGGUCACCAGUGUCCGUUCCCGCACCAGGAGCAGUUCGGGGACGGGCCUCUCCAGCCCUCCACUGGCCACCCAGACGGUCGUGCCCCUGCAGCACUGCAAGAUCCCUGAGCUGCCAGUCCAGGCCAGCAUUCUGUUUGAACUGCAGCUCUUCUUCUGCCAGCUCAUAGCCCUCUUCGUCCACUACAUCAACAUCUACAAGACAGUGUGGUGGUAUCCGCCCUCCCACCCGCCCUCCCACACCUCCCUGAAUUUCCACCUGAUCGACUUCAACUUGCUGAUGGUGACCACCAUCGUUCUGGGCCGCCGCUUCAUUGGGUCCAUCGUGAAGGAGGCUUCUCAAAGGGGGAAGGUCACCCUCUUUCGCUCCAUCCUGCUGUUCCUCACCCGUUUCACCGUUCUCACGGCAACAGGCUGGAGUCUGUGCCGCUCCCUCAUUCACCUCUUCAGGACCUACUCCUUCCUGAACCUCCUGUUCCUCUGCUAUCCGUUUGGGAUGUACAUUCCGUUCCUGCAGCUGAACUGUGACCUCCGCAAGACAAACCUCUUCAGCCACGUGGCCGCCAUGGGUCCCCGGGAGGCGGUCAGUGGCCUGGCUCGGAGCCGGGACUACCUGCUGACACUGCGGGAGACGUGGAAGCAGCACACGAAGCAGCUAUACGGCCCCGAGGCCAUGCCCACCCACGCCUGCUGCCUGUCGCCCAGCCUCAUCCGCAGCGAGGUGGAGUUCCUCAAGAUGGACUUCAACUGGCGCAUGAAGGAGGUGCUGGUCAGCGCCAUGCUGAGCGCCUAUUACGUGGCCUUUGUGCCUGUCUGGUUCGUGAAGAACACACAUUACUAUGACAAGCGCUGGUCCUGUGAGCUCUUCCUGCUGGUGUCCAUCAGCACUUCAGUGAUCCUCAUGCAGCAUCUGCUGCCUGCCAGCUACUGCGACCUGCUGCACAAGGCCGCUGCCCACCUGGGCUGCUGGCAGAAGGUGGACCCGGCGCUGUGCUCCAACGUGCUACAGCACCCGUGGACUGAAGAAUGCAUGUGGCCACAGGGAGUGCUGGUGAAGCACAGCAAGAACGUCUACAAAGCAGUGGGCCACUACAACGUGGCCAUUCCCUCCGACGUCUCCCACUUCCGGUUCCACUUCCCGAAUCCAAAAGAAGACGCUGCACAUGUGCCGCCCAAGGACAGUCAUACAGAUGAUCACUUAGCACUACAGCACACUUGGUACCAGAUCUUUGAAAACUUUGGAUGGAGAAGAUAAUGCAACGAAAGGAGGGGUUCUUGGUGGUGAAAAUCCUUACAAUCAUCCUUCUUACUGUGAGCCAGGCCCUGUGGUCAGCACUUCCAUGUACCCUCCCGUUCAGGCUUCAUCAGAACCCUGUGUAAGAGAGAAGUACCAGGGCUGUCCCAGUUUUUAGGUAUGAAAUUGACUCAGAGAAUUUAACUUGUUCCAAGGAUGCCUUACUGGGAAACCUGGGAACUAAUGGUAUUGACUCACAGACUCAGCACAAUGGAAAGGGCUGCUGAAAAUCAUCUAGGCUGGUGAAUUUCAUUUACUUAUUUUACUGUCAGAAUUCUUUCUUCCAACACAGUCAAACUAAAAUUCAGUAUAUAGGACCUCUCAGUGCAGCUCUGCUUGAAAGGGUUGAAACUCCUUUCACGUCCCGCUCAACACUGCAGUAGCUCCUAGAAGACCCCCCUGGAACCUGGGGCUCCAAGGAACACAGUUUGAAAAACCAUAGAUCUGGGCUUAUCUCUUUAUUUCCCAGUAGAGAAACCUGAGGUCCAGACAGGAAGGGGACUUGCCCAAGGUCCUGCAACCCUCAGGUACAGAGCUAAGCCUGGCUUGCUGGUCUCUUGGACUCCUGUUCCUUGCCACUCCUCCUCCCACCCUAUAAUUAGUUCCUGAGGUUUAGGUACCUUGGCCCCUGCAGAAUCAUGAACCCUGGACAUUGAUUGUUCUUUUAAAUUAAUCAGAAAAUUUUUCUUAGUCCUCUAUAUUCUACCUUGCUCUGUGGACAUCAGGUAAGAGUGAUACGUGUCCGUGUUCCCUGGAAGCUUCUGGCCCAGCUGAGGAAUGCGUCAUACCCAGUAGUAAAGGACUCAGGCUGUGGAGUCUAUAAUAACUUUACAUGUCUCUGUCAUAAGAUACUACAUUGUUCAGGCCUGACAGUACCCAGAAGGUCACAUACUGGUUUUCAACCAGAAAAAGUCUGACAGGGCAAGCCAGACCCCUCAAGAAAAGCUGCUGGGAAAAGGUAGAAGUUGAUCAGGCUCUUAAACAACUAUGUAGGAAGCAGUAGUCUUCUUUGUUUUUUUGACUGUACCCCACGGCAUGUGGGACCUUAGUUCUCUGACCAGGAUCAAACCCAUGCCCCCUGCAUUGGAAGGUAGAGUCUUAACCAGUGGACCACCAGGAAGUCCCAGGGAGGCAGUGGCCCUCAAAUAAAGGCAGAGAGGUGACAAGGUCCAUACCUAACCCUACGAAGGCCAGCUCCCCACCCAAGUCUGCAUGGGGCCCCAAGAGCUUGACCCCUUCAUUGGCCACCCAGAACCCCCAUCCAAGAGGCAGAUUUCUGGAGCCUACUUUCCAGUCCAUGCCUACUCUUUUCCUGGGCAGUUCUUUUUCAGCAAACCCCUGCGGAUCCUGAACAUCCUUUUGCUGCUGGAGGGCGCAGUCAUCGUCUACCAGCUAUACUCCUUAAUGUCCUCCGACAAGUGGCACCAGACCAUCUCACUGGCGCUAAUCCUCUUCAGCAACUA